CUUUUGCUCCACAAUUUUUGUAUGGUCAAUAAAAUCCUGCAAGUCAAAAUAACAUUUCUUUAUAAUGAAAGCCUUACAUCUCCUAUAAAUUACGACUUAAACUCAAAGGAGGGCACAUUAGGUUAUUAUACUUUCAAUGAACUGUGCCUGCAUUUCAUGUCCCUCUUUCCGUUUUUUAAGGGAAACGGAAGUUGGGUUAAAUUUUGUAUACCUGAUAACUGGGGUUGUACAUAGCAUGUGACAUUCCUAAAACUGUACCUGCCUUUCAGGGAGAAGCGACGCCCACAAGCCAAGCACAAUGGAUAGGUAACGGUUAACUUUGGAAAACAAAAGUAGCCAAACUAAGCCACCAUUCUUUUCACGUGACAGGUUACAUGGAAGGCUUUCAGAAUUUAUUGGAGACGAAAAGGGAAUCAAAUAUUUAGAAGUUGCGCGUCACAAUCGACGGGAUUCCACAGAGGGCUGAUCACUGCAGAACUUGCCAAGUGCGUAUUCAUGCAAAUAAAAAAAUCAUAGGCGUGCCUUUGGCGAUGGAGUCACAGCCCGAACUCAGUACUCCUAGUAUACCAACAAGCUCCAAAGACGGUGAUGCGCACAGCUCGGAUGCACUGAGUGACAACCGACGAGGAAACGUUUCACGCUCUAUAAAGAAAGGAAAAGGCAGAAGUGACGACUAUCUUUGAGAGAAGAUCUUAUUUACUGUCCUCCCUCAUCUCACGACAAAAGACACGGGAGUUAGCAGCUGGUCAUUUCUUUACUGCGCACCGAGUAGCCUAUUUCGCCUUGAUUUUAUUUAUGUUACAGUAUAAUAUAGAGGUACUGCACUCUGACUGAAGAUACCGAUGUGGAUGAAGUUGACAUUGCUCCUCAAUAGCCUACUGUCACUGCGCGUAAAAUCCACAUUUGGAUACGGACCUGUCUCUAAAUAAAUUUCAUAGUCAAUUGCCGUUUAAUUUUCUCCACAAUGUCUGAAGAACAUAGUUGCACUGGUGCUAGUCCUAUAACUGAGGUUGAAAAGAGCAAUAUCAGCGUUCUCGGCUGGGAACAAGUGCAGCGCCUUGAUGCUAUCCUGACAGAGACCAUUCCUAUCCACGGCCGUGGAAACUUCCCCACUUUGGAGAUGAAACCCCGACAAAUAGUGAAGGUGGUGCGUAGUCGAAUGGAGGAGAGGAAUAUCCACGUCCGGGACGUGCGGUUAAACGGGUCUGCUGCAAGCCACGUUCUUCACGAGGAUAGCGGACUGGGCUACAAGGACCUUGACCUAAUCUUUUGCGCUGAUAUGAAAGGGGAAAGUGAUUUUCAGAUUGUGAAGGAUAUCGUUUUGGACUGUCUCCUGGACUUCUUACCUGACGGGGUGAAUAAGCAGAAAAUAUCACCAUUGACUUUAAAGGAAGCCUAUGUGCAGAAGAUGGUGAAGGUGUGCAAUGAUUCAGACCGCUGGAGCCUCAUCUCACUCUCCAACAACAGAGGAAAGAACGUGGAGCUCAAGUUUGUCGACUCUCUGAGGCGGCAGUUUGAAUUCAGCGUGGACUCCUUCCAGAUCAAGCUGGACUCCUUGCUGCUGUUCUAUGACUGCUCUGAGAACCCCAUGGCCGAGACCUUCCACCCCACCAUCGUGGGCGAGAGUGUGUUUGGGGACUUUGAUGCUGCCCUCGACCACCUACGCCAGAAGGUGAUCUGCACGCGCAACCCAGAGGAGAUUCGGGGCGGCGGUCUGCUCAAGUACUGUCACCUGCUGGUAAGGGGCUUCCAAGCCGACUCCGAGACGGAGAUGAAGUCCCUGCAGCGUUACAUGUGCUCGCGCUUCUUCAUCGACUUCUCGGAUAUCAGCGAGCAGCAGCGCAAGCUGGAGUCCUACCUGCAAAACCACUUUGUGGGCCUGGAGGACCGCAAGUACGACUACUUGAUGACCCUGCAUGGGGUGGUCAACGAGAGUACGGUGUGCCUGAUGGGACAUGAGAGGCGGCAGACCCUGGGGCUGAUAGCCAUGCUGGCGGUGCGCGUGCUGGCCGAGCAGAACGUCAUUCCGAAUGUGGCUAACGUCACCUGCUACUACCAGCCUGCCGCCUACGUGGCAGACGGUAACUUCAGUAACUACUACAUAGCCCAGGUACAGCCCAUGUUCCACUGCCAGCAGCAUGCCUACUCCUCCUGGCUACCCUGCAACUGAGACAGCACAGGGAAAGGAAGGAAGGAAGGAAGGAAGGAAGGAGUGAGAGAGGGGGAGGGAGACUCACUGUAAAGUGUUUUUCAGAUAAUUGAAUGAGAAAAAAGGUAUCCCCAUGACUCUCCAACCUGUAUUGAAUUUAAUUUAGUCAUGUUCUGUUAGAGAGUGAUGGUGGGGGGGAGAAAAUAACAGUUGGGUCUCAGCUCCUGUGAGGCCCAUCUUAAAUCAAUGGCAGGACAGUUUACUGUGAAAAUGCCACCCUGUCUGACACCUAACCCAAGCUUGGGGAAGUAUGGGAUGGGGUUUUGCCCAAUACAACGCAAACAAUGAUGGACAAGAAUGAAAGCAGCAGCAAUACUUUCAUUGACACUCACCUGGAUUGACUGACUCUGUUGCAAACUGAAAAGGCCGUUAAAUUGAGCGAUAGACGGACAAUAAUGUGUGGCUGCAUCUGUGUCCUGUGGUGUCCAGCUGCCUCCAUGGCUGUGAGGAGGAUGCAGGCCCCUUUGCUCUCUGGGGGGUGUGUGGCUUGCACCCUGACGCGUGCUGGGCAAUGCCCCAGCAACACAGGGGUUACUAGAGCACCAUAAAACUCCAUUUCUGGUGCGACAUCGUCACAAGCUUUGAGUGACAAAAACUACACCUUUAACUAGUAAUGAUUGAUAUGAACAUGAUGUGUUAACGAACCAAAGAUUUUUCAUUUAUUGUUUUCAAUACCCAAGUUUGGUGGGGAAGAAAAACAACGUACAAUGCUAUCUAUAUUUGUAUAUGUGAACACGUGUUUUAAGUGCCUAAUGCCUAUCAGUAGUAUAGGUAGAGGAAUAAUGAGCAGCAGGCCAUAUCAUUUUGUGAAUAAAUCCAGUUUGAUUUUCGUCAGGCACACAAGACAAUAGCACCCCAGUGGCUUGUGAAUGUAACCGUGAAAUCCUGGUACAGUCCGUGUUGAUGUCAUAUCUUUGGGAAGAAAACAACAUAUCCCCUUGCAGUCAUAGAGUAUUAGUCGAUGGGGGAGAGAUGGGGCUUUUGCUGUACUUUGUACAAAGUAGUUUGACAGGUUGAUGCAUGACCUCGCGUGAACAUUUGCGGAUAUUUGAAAUAUUCCAGCUCCAAUUCACAAUAGCAGUACCUUCCUCAUAGGUGUGUUGAAGCCACAGAGACUAGAGCACUAUUUUCCCGUUGCUCUCCCGUAGUCAUUUUCAGACAAGCAAACUCCACAGGAAUAUUAGUUUGUGCCGUAGUGCAUGUACAGAGAUGGUUUAAUAUUGUUUUGUCGUUCAUGUUGACUGUUUCAGUUACUGUAUAUUCAGUUUCACACGGUUUAAACUUUACUGUAUUUUGUAUAGGGGUGCUUAUCUUUUAACUCGCCUUUUGUAGCACGUUCACAGCAGGCUGAGGGAUUGACAAAACCUUUGUCGGAAAGAAAUAGGUUGAAAAAAUAAACACAGGAGGUAAAAGAUGCAGAGCGGAUGGAAAAGGCAGAGAGAGAGUCGGUGUGUGUGUUCCUGUGCUGCCUUCUCGGAUGAUACUUGCUGAGACACCCUAGCAGGGAAUUACGCAGCUGCCGAAGAGGUUGAACUAAGCUGGGCUGCGUUUGUCGUGUGUGCGCUCGCUUUGGGUCGGCUGCAUACCUACCAGACAAUGUUGUGCCAAAUGUUUAUCUGCCGCUUGCCCAAUGUUGAAUGAGUGUUCUGCCUUUUGUCGAUGGAGAGCGAGGUUGAGGAUGUGUUGUUUUUAUAUUGAAGGACAGAUAUUGAGCUGUAAGGGGGGGGGGGAGACUUGUGAAGGACAGAGGAAAGCGUGAGAGGCAGGGAGCUGGGCUGAGGAGGUAGGUGCAGAUGGUGAAGGGGUUUGUCUUGCUUUCACCACAGACAGACAUGCACAGUGGUAAUUACCUCUCUCUCUCCCAUCUUUAAGAGGACCUAAGCAGAGCGAAUAGGCAGGAGAGAGAGGGGGUCCUGGUACACACAACACAACUUUAGGGAGGUAGCCUGUUAAGCCGAGCACUAUUUAUUAUCAUUACCUGUGUGUGUCAGGGCCUCUUCUCUGUGGGACUAAACAGAUAUCCACGCAUGCCUUAUGAGCUUUGAUAACAUUCCCUGGGUUGGUGCACUGCCAUGGUAUUGCUGUAAAUGACCUGUUAAUUGAGGCUAGGUUAGGCGGUGGCUACAUGAUCUAGCUGCUAUGCCGUAAGUUCCAAGCCCAUGGAGAAAUACUGUCUCAUGCUAAUUCAGUUUCUCUAAUGCCAUUUCUAAACAUAGCAUCUGAAACAUGUUGAUAGGAAUUGAUUUUUUGACAUAAAGAUGAAAAUUAUUGAUGAUUCAUCACCAGUAUUGUGGGUCUUGGGGUGAGAGACCGUGUUAUUAAAAAUAGCAACGUCGGUGUGCACUAUACAAAUCUAAAGUGUGUAUCUUUAGAGAAGGACGAACGGUGUUCUCACUGUGGGUGGGAUUCCUGGCUUCCCACUAGUGUACAAAUGGGUCAUGUCACAACUCUUUAGGACAUUUUAAGGAAACUACUGUCUUUGUCUCCACUGAUGAGAUCCUGCUCUUGACUGCUCUCCUCUCCCCUCACUCCCAUAAUGUGUAAGCUGUAAUGCAGCUCCCUUAGGGACAGAGUGAAUGGACAUCUAAUGGAGUUCUACAGGGCGGAGGCACUCCAUAGGGGAUGUGAAUCGGCUUAGGUGACCACUGUGUGACUGUAACCUGGGUGGUCAAGAGAACAGAGAGAAACGUACUCUCUACUCAAAUCAUUCUGUAGACUCCUUUAUCUCUAUUUGGCUAUUUCACACGUUCUGGUCUAGCAUUUUUUUUUUUUUUUUUUUUUUUGGACUGUACAUUUGGAUGAUAUUGUCUGGAUCGUGCAGGCGGUGUGUGUUCUCAUCUCUUCUCACUCUGUGAAAUUGGCUCAGAACAGCUCAGCCAACACCAGUAUACCAUGUAGUUAGCAAGCAACACACAGGCUACUAUGAGUUACUGCAUUGUCUUGUAUGCAUUGUUUCAACUUUUCACCUCCUAUCCAUGCAGUCUUUUUCAAUCAAACCUACAAAAAAAAGAAAAAGCCUGCCUCAUAUGUAUUUUUUAUGAUUGUUAUUUUUACAACUGUAUCAGACACUACCAUGUUGCAGCGCUUUGGAAUCUGUAAUCAGGUUGCAAAAUAUCAUUUCUCAGCUUACAUUUUUUUUGCAGAUCUUGUAAAUGUGUCUGUUUCGAAGAUAAAGAAUGUUUUCAUCAUUAAAGAAACAAACUGAAACCCA